AUGAUGAAUUUUUUUUCUUCAAAAUCAUCGAAUCAAGAUACCGGGUUUGGCUCUCAACAUCAACAUCCAAAUGGAGAGAACAAUGAAAACGAAAACGAAAACAGCAACAACUCUGAAAAUUUUAACAGAUACCCAUGUAAACUGGUAUCCAGCGGUCCAUGCACUUCAUCGAAUAAUGGUGCCUUGUUUACGAACUUUACUUUACACACUGCAACACCUACCACUGCUAUCAGUCAGGACUUAUACGCGAUGGGCACCACAGGAAUAACGUCAGAAAAUGCUCUUUUUCAAAUGAAGUCGAUGAAUAAUGGAAUACCACCAGCCAAUAACAGCAACACCCCGACGAUCAUCACGACUUCGCAGGAGGAAACCAACACUGGAAAUGUACAUGCUGAUGCCAAUGGCCAUUCUUUACAUAAUUCUGAAGAUGAUAACUUCUCCUCUAGUUCCACCACCAAAUGUCUUCUCUCCUCCACCUCUUCACUAUCAAUAAAUCAAAGGGAAGCAGCAGCAGCAGCAGCCUAUGGUCCAGACACUGAUAUUCCUAGAGGAAAACUAGAAGUUACAAUAAUAGAAGCGCGCGAUCUGGUCACAAGAUCAAAGAACUCGCAACCUUAUGUAGUUUGUACUUUUGAGAGUUCAGAGUUCAUUUCCAAUGGGCCUGAAUCACUAGGCACCAGCAACAACAAUAACAACAACAACAGCCAAAACCAGCAUAAUCAAAACCAGCAUAGUCACCAUAAUGAAAAUACGAGCCCUGACGCCGCUAGCCAGCGUCAUAACAACAACAGUGGUUGGAACGGGUCUCAGUUACCAUCAAUAAAAGAGCAUUUGAAGAAAAAACCCCUUUAUACACACAGAUCAUCUUCUCAGCUGGAUCAACUAAACUCAUGCUCUUCAGUGGCCGAUUCUAACAAACGUUCUUCUAAUUCUUCUUCGGGUUCUUCUAAUGACCCAAAGAAUGAUAGUUCGCAUCCAAUAUGGCAUCAUAAAACAACAUUUGACGUUCUGGGAUCCCAUUCAGAACUAGAUAUUUCUGUUUACGAUGCUGCUCACGACCAUAUGUUUUUAGGCCAGGUUAGACUUUAUCCAAUGAUUCAUAAUUUAGCACAUGCCUCUCAACACCAAUGGCAUAACCUAAAAUCUCGUGUUAUUGAUGAGGUUGUGUCAGGUGAUAUCUUAAUCAAAUGGACUUACAAGCAAACAAAGAAAAGGCACUAUGGUCCACAGGAUUUUGAAGUUCUUCGAUUACUUGGUAAGGGAACAUUUGGCCAGGUGUAUCAGGUUAAGAAGAAGGACACACAAAGAAUUUACGCAAUGAAAGUUCUUUCCAAGAAAGUUAUUGUUAAAAAAAAUGAAAUCGCUCAUACCAUCGGCGAAAGAAAUAUUUUAGUCACUACUGCGUCCAAAUCGUCUCCAUUUAUUGUUGGAUUGAAAUUUUCUUUUCAGACACCAACAGAUUUAUAUCUAGUCACUGACUAUAUGAGUGGAGGGGAAUUAUUCUGGCAUUUACAAAAGGAGGGUCGUUUUUCAGAAGAUAGGGCCAAAUUCUACAUUGCUGAAUUAGUUUUAGCCUUGGAACAUUUGCACGAUAAUGACAUCGUUUACAGAGACUUGAAACCAGAAAACAUUUUACUUGACGCUAACGGUAAUAUCGCUCUUUGUGAUUUUGGUCUCUCUAAGGCUGACUUGAAGGAUAGAACCAAUACAUUUUGCGGUACCACUGAAUAUUUAGCGCCUGAAUUAUUACUGGAUGAAACUGGUUACACUAAGAUGGUUGAUUUCUGGUCAUUAGGUGUAUUAAUAUUCGAAAUGUGCUGUGGUUGGUCCCCUUUCUUUGCCGAAAAUAAUCAAAAAAUGUACCAAAAAAUUGCGUUCGGUAAAGUCAAAUUUCCUAGAGACGUGCUAUCACAAGAAGGUCGGUCAUUUGUGAAGGGGUUAUUGAACAGAAACCCCAAACAUAGACUGGGCGCUAUUGAUGAUGGAAGAGAGCUACGAGCCCAUCCAUUUUUUGCAGAUAUCGAUUGGGAGGCCUUGAAACAGAAAAAAAUCCCACCACCUUUCAAACCACAUCUAGUCUCAGAAACCGAUACUUCUAAUUUUGACCCGGAAUUCACAACGGCUUCCACCUCAUAUAUGAACAAGCACCAACCUAUGAUGACAGCUACGCCGCUAUCUCCCGCCAUGCAAGCCAAGUUUGCCGGUUUCACGUUUGUCGAUGAGUCUGCCAUCGAUGAGCAUGUCAACAACAACCGCAAAUUCUUGCAAAACUCAUACUUUAUGGAGCCAGGUUCUUUCAUCCCGGGAAAUCCAAACUUGCCUCCAGAUGAAGAUGUCAUUGAUGAUGACGGAGACGAGGAUAUCAAUGAUGGAUUCAACCAAGAGAAAAACAUGAGUAAUAAUCACUCCCACAUAGACUUCGAUGGUGACCAACACAUGGAUGAUGAAUUUGUCAGUGGCAGAUUUGAAAUAUGA